GUGGCAUUAUCAGGCUGGAGGGUCAUGUCAGGAUGACGUUGCCUCUUUUUCCCGCAUUCUCAAAGUCCACUAUCAUCAUGUCUGACACAGAGGAUGUUGAUCAAGUCGAGGCUAUAGAGGUGGAGGUUGAGGUGGCACCUGAGGCUGCCCCAAAACCAGAGCCUGACCCUGAACCAGAGACUGAGCCUGAGCCAGAACCUGAGCCUGUAGAAGAUGUCUUUGAAGAGGAAGAUGAGAAGCCAAAGUUCAAGCCAUCAGGACCCAAGAUCCCAGAUGGUGAGAAAGUGGACUUUGAUGACAUCCAGAAGAAACGUCAGAACAAAGAUCUGAUUGAGCUGCAGACCCUCAUCGAUGCUCACUUUGAGGACAGGAAGAAGGAAGAGGAGGAGCUCAUCGCCCUCAAAGAGAGAAUUGAGAAGCGCAGAUCUGAGAGGGCAGAGCAGCAGAGGAUCCGGACUGAAAAAGAGAAGGAGCGCCAGGCGAGACGUGAGGAGGAGAGGCUGAGGAAAGAGGAGGCAGAUGCUAAGAAGAAAGCAGAUGAAGAUGCCAAGAAAAAGUCAGCUCUUUCCAGCAUGGGCUCCAACUACAGCAGCUAUCUUCAGAAGGCUGACUCCAAGAGAGGUGGCAAAAAACAGACAGAAAGAGAGAAGAAGAAGAAGAUCCUGGCUGAGAGACGCAAGCCACUCAACACUGACCAUCUCAGUGAGGACAAACUCAGGGAAAAGGCAAAGGAGUUGUUUGAAUGGAUGAAGACCCUUGAGUCAGAGAAGUUUGACCACAUGGAGAGGCUGAAGAAACAGAAAUACGAGGUUACCACAUUGCACAAGAGAGUGGAGGAGUUGAGCAAAUUCAGCAAGAAGGGAGCCGCCGCUCGUCGCAGGAAGUAAACGCAUCUACUUGCAGGCCAAGACCAACACAAAGAAGAUGGACAAGAAUUACAUUCAUCCUUCCCUUUCAAUCUGUGCUGCUUACACUCCAAACUCAGUAGCUGCUGUAGGUCAAAUACCAAUGAACUCUUUCUCGCUUUGAACUCUUAUUUGCUUCCAGUUUAUGUCAUGUAAAUAAAGUGUAAC